AUGCGCCUGGGGCUGCAGCCGGACAAGCCUGCUGCAGGGACAGGGGGUGAACAGACCCCCACUGCAGAGAAGGAACCCGGCCCCCCAGAACCAAAGAAAGAACCUCCCCCCCCUACCCUGCAGAAAGAUGCCCAAGCCCCUGGCCUGAAGGAAGGGGCCCCAGGGCUGGCCCAGCCCUCAGGGGGCAGCCAGGACCUGAAGGGCCCAGCGGACCCGACGGGGGAGCCCGCGGAGGGCAGUGCGGGGCAACCGGCAGCCCUGCCUCAGCAAACCAGCACCACUACGGCUGCAGCCCAGGGCCCCGGAGAGCCCAAGGCCCGGAAGAAGGAGGUGGAGGCCCACUCAGCGGCCAGGAGGGGCUCCCCUGCCUUUCUGCACAGCCCCAGCUGCCCGGCCAUCGUGUCCAGCCAGAGAACAUCCCUGUGCGUCAACACCACGGGCCAUUUGGUGAAGAUCAUCGACUUCGGCCUGGCACGGAGGUACAACCCCAACGAGAAGCUGAAGGUGAAUUUUGGGACCCCCGAGUUCCUGUCGCCCGAGGUGGUGAACUACGACCAAAUCUCCGACAAGACGGACAUGUGGAGCAUGGGGGUCAUCACCUACAUGCUACUCAGUGGCCUGUCCCCUUUCCUGGGUGACGACGACACGGAGACCCUGAACAACGUGCUCUCUGCCAACUGGUACUUUGACGAGGAGACCUUUGAGGCCGUGUCAGAGGAGGCCAAAGACUUUGUCUCCCACCUGAUCGUCAAGGACCAGGGGGCCCGCAUGAGCGCUGCCCAGUGUCUGGCCCACCCGUGGCUCAACAACCUGGCGGAGAAAGCCAAGCGCUGUAACCGACGCCUCAAGUCCCAGAUCUUGCUAAAGAAAUACCUCAUGAAAAGGCGCUGGAAGAAAAACUUCAUUGCCGUCAGCGCUGCCAACCGCUUCAAGAAGAUCAGCAGCUCAGGAGCACUGAUGGCGCUCGGGGUCUGAGCCCCCAGGGGCAGCUGGAGCCUGGACGCAGCCACACGGGGCCCGGGGCUGAGGCCACACAGCCCCACAGGCCAGAGCGGACGGCCAGAUGCCCAGCGCGGCCUGGCUGGGACACGGCAGCGCCAGGCUGGGAGGCUCGGGGCUCCCCACGCCCCUGCGCAUGGACCGCUUCCCCGACAGACGCCUCGGCUGUGGCCUGAACCCGUCCCGCUGAUGCCUCCUGGGUGGGGCUCUGGGCCCGACAUUUGCUCCGGCCCGCCCGGGGACCCCCACCCCGGCCGGGGCACCCUCCUGGCUGGGGCGGGAGGGCAGGGGGCACCCAGCAUGUGGUUCGGGGCAGGCGGACAGACUCCGGGCGGGCCAGGAAGGCAGCCAGGCCCUCCCGAGUCCAGCUGGCAGGGGACACAGAGGCGGCUUUGUUGCGAGGGCCUCGAGCCCCCGCCCGCGCCCCACUCCCAGCAGAUAAGGCCCCCGCAAGCACCAUCUGGCCCGGGCCCGGCCCCCACCCACCUUCCUCGCGACCACCAACAUACAGGAACUCACUGGGAGAGAGGAC